UAUUCGUUACCGUUGCCGCCAAGCAGCCUUGAACAAGAUCGGAUUACGGUUGAUCUCUGUGUGGUUCUGCAUUUUUAGGGUUUCGAUUAAGAGGUUAGGUUCCUAUCUUCUAGUUUUUUUCUCUGCAGAAAUCGAGUUUUCCCAUGGACUGCAUAAACGAGUUCUUCGUGUCCGCUCGCUAUAGAUCGUACUCUAUGGGGAAUCUAGAGUUCGAUUCCGAUGGUAUUGUUGGUACCCGCACAAUUACCAAGUACAAUCCAACCAUUUGAUGACGUUUCCGCUUGGAUCCUACAAGUUCUUCAAACGGGUGAUCAUUAGGGUUUGAGCGUGAGUAUUUCUUAAAGGCGGCGAGUUCUGCAGUCCGAGCUACACUUCCGGCCGGUUUUGCUGGUACCCAGAUAAUUACCAAGUACAAUUCAAUUAGUUGUUGAGAUUUCCGCUCGCAUCCUACAAGUUCUUCUAACGGAUGAUUGUUAGGGUUUGGCGUGAGUACUUCUGGAAGGUGGCGACUUAUGCGAUCCGUGGUUUGAGCGCGAGUAUUUCUGUAAAGCGGCGACUUCUGCGGUCCGAGGCACAACUUCCUCGCGAUCGUAUGAACUCCUGGAUGACCCAUGUUGCAACUCUUCCAAAUAGUUGCUUGUCUUGGAAACCCGUCCCGAAUCUUCAACAAGAUAAAGUGCGUACGAGGAUGUAUUGGGCUUAACACGUUUCUGUAUAUUGCUGUCAUUUAAGGUACUGGAGAAGAUGAUUUGAAAGCAUGUGUUGGCCUUAACGUUUCUGUGUAGCCUCAUACUGUGUUUACCAUGUCGUGCUUCUUAAAUUUUGGUUUUCAGGGUUUACCAACUCUGACUUUUGGAAAUGUCUCGUUGAUCUCGGUAGGAGCUAGUUGAUGUUGAACUAGCUAACCAGGUUGGUCGUCUGUUCACUAUUUCAGAUGCCUUGAUCUUGAUAGUAGUGGAAGGGGCCAUUUUAAAUUGCUAGAAGCAAAUUCGGCUUUCUAAUUUGAAUGCUUGUUGCUACUGAGGUUGUGGCAUCUAAUCAGGUUAUAUCUUAAAUUAUCAGAUCUUGGAUGGAGAGGAAAGAUUUUGGAAACAAGAAUUGUAGUCAGAGACGCAUGGCAUGACAUGCAAUUGGAGGGACCGAGUUAUUCUCGGCUGCUGUGUGUGCAUGAAGCCAGAAAAAUCAAUUUUUAUGCCAGCUAUGGAAUUUGCUCGUAGAGGCACAUCCAAUCUUUUGGGCUAUAGAACUUCGAUUCGGUCACCCUAUUCUUUUUUAUCUUUAUGGGUAGGAUUGUCCCGUGGAAGGACUGACUGGUGGUAAUAUUAUCAUGCGUACUAACUGGAAAUUCUGAACCCUGUGUUCAUAAUUUCAGAUGCCUUUAUCUUGAUCGAAGUGAAAGGGGCCAUUUAAGUUUCGAAGCAAGUUGGGCUAGAUUCAGCUUCUGACUCUUGAUAGUACUGCGGAAGCAAGACUGCAAAAGGUUCAGGUAGGUAGUUGAAUCCAACAUGGUUAAAGUAUCUGGUUCUUACCUACCUCUAUAUUCAAAUGCCUGCUUCCGCUUGUUGCCCUUUCUGAAUUUCAGCUUGGGGUUUUAGAAUCUAUCAGGUUUUAUCUUAAUACCCGGAUCAUGGAUGGGGAGGAAAAUGAGGAAUUUUUGAAACCAUGGGAUGCAAAUAAGGGACAGUUUUACAUUUGGCUGCUAUGUCUGCAUGAAGCCAUUAAUCCGAUCCUUCCUCGUGUACUAUCUUGCUUAUGCUUAAGCUUGUGAUUUGUGUUGGUUUUAAGAAUCAAGGAACUCGUGGAAGAUUGUAUUCCGUGAGAUGUAUGGUAGGCGUGUGAAUUUGCAUGAUGGUUGGAGUGGACAAUGGAGAACAUCACCAAUGGCUUUGCAUAGCGUACAAGAGUGGAGUCAGGUGAUUGAUGUUGACCAUGAAGAUACCGAUUCUGCAGAAAUGUUUUCUUUAUUUCAAUAGCUUGCAGAAGAGUCUAAAUCUUGCACUAGCUAGCUUUCUUUGUCCGUUGUGUUGAUCACUAAGAGGCUGGAUAUGAUUAUGCGCCUUAAAUGAAGACUACAUAUGACUGGUCUAUUCGUGCACUGCACUCGAGGUGGUUAACCUUUCUGCUUGGUUUUUGGGUGGGGCUUUUGGCAAAUAUGUUGGUGCUAAAACCAAUGUUUCUUAAUCUCAAUUUAAUUGGUUCAUGUGUCCUUCCUAUAUUAGUUGAUCGCGGCCAAUGUUUCCAUUUCAUACCAGGCGUUUGCCUUGAUGCCUUUUCUCGUUGUUAUCUCCUGUUUGUGAACACGAGGGGAAAGCACAUUCUAAGUUACAGCAUAAGGGGGAAAACCGUAUAUUAACUUGUGUAUAUUUGCUUGUAGACAAGUACUGUGUAUGAACAGGGCAGUUUCUUGUGUUGACAGUCUUUUCUAUUUCUGCAGUUCUCUUUGUACCCAAGUUUGAGUAUGACUGUUCUAGCUUGUUGGAGGUGUGAAGGCUGCUAGAGAGAGGUGAUAGCUAUAGGGAAUGGAGCAACACUGGUUAAAGUGGGUGAGCAGACAGUUGCAUCUUGCUUCUUCUCUAUUCGGUAGAGUCUCUUCGGAUUGAGGUAAAGAAACCUUCCUGGUAUUGGACUAAAGUACUCAUCCGCAUCAGCUAUGGUUUCUUACUUCCUUUCUCAAGUGCUCAAUGCUGACUCUAACAAGGAAAAUAUAAUCAGUUUUUUUCCUUUUUACCAUUUGACAAUACAUAUCAUGAUUAUAGUCGAUGCAUCUGCUUAGCCUUCUAAAAUAAGAACUUACUCAUUUCAUUCUCCAUUGAAACCAACAGUUGAAGUAGACCUAUAUGAUCGUUAAGUAGGAGUGGUCUGGUUAGAUCUGAUGCUGUCUUCGCCCCUGCAUGUUAUGGAUAUUUUCCUCUGCAGCAUUGUACUCUUCCUCGGACCUCUAGGUUGUGCUCUCAAAACCAUUUUAGAAAGAAGGUAAGCUUGUGUGAGAUCUGUGACAGACUGUAGUAUGAUAAAGUGGCCCUGUCAUUUUGCCUGGUCUCAUGUUCAUAUUGAGUAACGAUCUGUUUAGCUGUCUAAUUAGUUCAUGGAGAGCUCACCGCCAAAGCAAAUGAUUAACCUGUUGAUGGAAAGAAGGCAUAAUGGACAUGUUGAUGGUUAGUUGGCUGAUUGAGGUUGACAGUUCAAGAAGCCCGCAGGUUUGUUUUCUAGGUAGACUUGUUGAUUAGAACCUGGUUUCAUGGUGGGAUUGCUCGUUGAUUGUGGACUUCUGAAUGUAGGGCUCUACUCCAAUUUGUCAAACUUAGGAGUCACGCAGACUUUUGUUAUAUUAAGAAGUAGUGGAAGCUGCUGGGAUAGAAGAGACUGUCAGGCAUUGCAGUGGUCUUGAGUGCGAAGGUGAAAAAAACUAAAUCAAAUUUUUCGAAAGACAGUUGUUCUGAGAUCAAUUUUCUUAUUUGGUGUGUAAGCAUCUCACAUUUGUGAGUCUCCAGGUGUGAAGGUAUUGCAAGUGGGAUCCCAUCUUGGUACCGAGUUUGGGACUUCUCAUAGAAGGAGGAAGCUCUUGAUGCUGCGCACUCAUGUGAGGUUUCUAUUUUGUUUAUUUCCUGCUUCCUCUGAUCUAAUCUUAUUCAUUUGUUGAAUCAUGCUAAAUAUCAUUAUCCUUUUUCAACUAAAAAAAUAUGAUUAUACAUGAGUUCCCAAGCUGAAACUGUGUAAAUGGUUGCUUCAAUGCUUGUUCUUGUUUGAAAAUCUGUGUUUUAGUCGGUGUUCACAUAUCCGUUGUCUUAAGAUGCUGUUUUCGACUGUAUCUAUUGAGCUUCACUCUCACAGCUCCCUCUAAAAAUGUUGUUCUGACAAUUCUCUGUUGGCAGUUCUAUAUGGGUCUUGGAAGGAACCAUGCCUAUGCCUUAAUCCUCUGUUAUAUUGCUCUUGGGUAUGUCUUAAUGGUGUCCUAGAAGUGGAGUUGCCCUUGAUCUUUUUGUUUCACAUUGUAGUUUUUCUCAAGUUGAAAACAAGGAAGCCAAAGCAUAGCUCGCAUCUUCUCUGAUUCCUUGAAUUCUUAGAAGCUCCUUAAGUAAGGUAAGUUCCCACCUGUCCUCCUUUCAUCAAAGGGUCGUGGUGCUUGUAAAGGGACCAUGUUGCUGGGUUUUCUUCUCGGUGCCCUAGGCUAUGAAACAGAGGGCUAUGGCUGCUGUGAUUGGUUAUCAUAGAAACUUCUGUGGUGGCUGAAUAUGCAAUUUGCUUACAGUUUCCUGGGAAGGAGUGUACAGUCUUGGGAAGUUCAUUUCAUGAUGCACUUUGAGCGUCAGACUCUUGAUACUGAUAGUGAUUUAAAGAGGCAGAUGCGCUCAUUCUUAAUUUGUUGGUGGCUCCAUUUAGGUUUUUUGGAUGGGAUCACAUGAGGUUCCCGAGUAAUGGUGCGCAGGGAUGAUAAGACCGAGUUGGACUGGAAGAAGAAGGCGGUUGGUGGCAUGACGGACCAGAUAAAAGAGAACAAUGAAGAAAGUGCUGUUUCUCAUAUUCAUUUUCUGCAUCUUGAGUAUGCGGUGGAGGAAGCUGAAUAAAGGUAUGUGUUUCUUUCGUGUAUAUUUUUGUCAAGAGUGAAAUUCAGGACUUGGUAGAACUUUUGGGUUACCAUUUCAAUUUCCUUGGGAGGAACUGAAAAUAGAGUGCGUCUCAACUGUUACUUAUCCGGAAAGGAAUCCGUAAAAGAAAGUUAAUAUAGCAAUAAUUAAAUCUGCAUGUAGUUGAGUUCAACAUUUAGCCUGGAAGAUAUAUUAUCGUUGAUCCAAAAACUGUUCGAUCUAAGUAGAAAAAUGCAUGUAAAUGUAGAAUAUAAGAUCAACGAUGUG